AUGGAGCCUGGACUUGUCUCUCUUCAGUAUGUGGAAGGUUUGGGUUGGUGCCUCCUGGCAGACGUCAGGCCGCAAUAUCCCCUCGACAUGGAGCGACGCUACCUUCAACUGGGUUCGCCUUCAGCGCCGCAGCUGCUGUACAUCCGCCGUGAUUCCGACGUCUUCGGUUUGUGGUCGCCUGUCAUUGGCCCAGCACCUGGUCCGAUGGUAACACCGCAUCAGGAAGUGCCGGCUGUGCUUGCAAACGUCUGCAACCAACCGUCAGCACUCUUUACACCAGUGGUGUGCUCGUCGGUCUUGGACCAUUUGUGCAAUUAUUUCUUCACGGACUGGCGUGGUGGGAUGAAUUGCAGUCUCCAUCGCUUUCCAUUCUGGGGCGUGAGCACUGUAGAGGCACUUGUAGCAGCUUUGAAGUUGUGGCACGAUAUCGCAGCCUGCGCGACCACAUGCCGCGCUUGGCAUGCAGCCUUGAAGCCCUUCGCGAAUCAAAAGGACCUUUGCCACCGCGCCUUGCGCCUGACGCUCCCGGCAGCUGCCUCGAGGCUCAGGUCCUCGUCUGUGCGCGACACGGUGGAUCUCGUGGCCAUGUUUGCCAAGAAGACUUGGGAGCACGGUCGGUUCUUUCUGCACAUGCCAACCUUCCGGCAGAGCGCAUGGCCUGCACUUGUUUCAUCAGUCAAAAUUCAAAGUGAGCUCACUGGAGAGGACGGCGAUGAUGAUUUGUUUGAGGGACCAGUUGGCACUUUGUUGAAUCAUCAUGCGCCACGAAUGAUGGAUUUUGCCAAGAAGAUCCUGCCUCUACCUCUAGCUUGGAAGACGAUUCCUCAAACUUUGGGAGUUCAUUCCAUCGCCGGGCAAAGAUUUGCCGUUUGUGAGUUGACAGAAAGCACUUCAACAAAAGAUCAAUCUGGUACUGCAGCUGUUCAAGUGAGCGAAGAAGGAAAGAUUCAGCUCUUGGCGCUUGACGGUGCUAGGCUGCUUCCCUGA